AUGGUGCAGUAUAACUUUAAGAAAAUCACUGUUGUACCAAAUGGAAAAGAUUUCAUCGACAUCAUUCUCUCACGGACCCAACGUCAAACACCUACUGUUGUCCACAAAGGGUAUGCAAUUACUCGUCUCCGUCAAUUUUAUAUGCGAAAAGUGAAAUACACUCAGCAAAAUUUUCACGAGAAGCUUUCUACUAUCAUAGACGAGUUUCCUCGGUUAGGAGAUAUUCAUCCUUUUUAUGGUGAUCUGCUUCAUGUGCUGUAUAACAAGGAUCAUUACAAGCUUGCUCUUGGUCAGAUCAAUACUGCUAGGAAUCUUAUUGGUAAGAUUGCUAAGGAUUAUGUUAAGUUGUUGAAGUAUGGUGAUUCAUUGUAUCGGUGUAAGUGUUUGAAGGUGGCUGCUCUUGGUCGUAUGUGUACUGUGCUUAAGAGGAUUGGGCCGAGUUUGGCUUAUUUGGAACAGGUUAGGCAGCAUAUGGCUAGGCUUCCUUCUAUUGAUCCGAAUACAAGGACGAUUUUGAUCUGUGGGUAUCCCAAUGUGGGGAAGAGUUCUUUUAUUAAUAAGAUUACUAGAGCUGAUGUUGAUGUGCAGCCGUAUGCUUUUACCACUAAGUCUCUGUUUGUGGGUCAUACGGAUUAUAAGUAUCUGAGGUACCAGGUGAUUGAUACACCGGGGAUUUUGGAUAGGCCGUUUGAGGAUCGGAAUAUCAUUGAGAUGUGCAGUAUUACUGCUCUUGCGCAUUUGAGAGCGGCAAUAUUGUUCUUUUUGGAUAUUUCUGGGUCUUGUGGUUACACUAUUGCUCAACAGGCGGCUUUGUUUCAGAGUAUUAAGUCGUUGUUCUUGAACAAGCCUCUGAUUGUUGUAUGCAACAAGACUGAUUUGCAGCCGUUGGAUGGGUUAUCUGAGGAGGAUUUGAAGUUGGUGAAUGAGAUGAAAGCCGAAGCGUUGAAGACUGCUAUUGGUCAAGGAGGCGAAGGGACAGAGGCUGAUGUGUUGUUGACCAUGAGUGCAUUGACAGAAGAGGGUGUGAUUGCGGUGAAAAAUGCAGCUUGCGAGAGAUUGUUGAAUCAGAGAGUGGAGAUAAAGAUGAAGUCUAAGAAGAUCAAUGACUGUCUGAACAGGUUUCAUGUUGCAGUUCCGAAGCUGCGUGAUCAGAAGGAAAGGCCACCUUGUAUUCCUCCCGCUGUCUUGGAAGCUAAGGCUAAGCUAGCAGCUUCUGAAGAGAAGAGGAAAACUGAGAAGGAUCUAGAGGAAGAAAAUGGAGGGGCGGGUGUAUACUCCAUGAACUUAAGAAAACAUUAUAUUUUGGCUGAUGAUGAAUGGAAAGAAGAUAAUCUGCCAGAAAUUUUGGAUGGUCACAAUGUGUAUGAUUUCAUUGAUCCUGAUAUUCUACACAGGGUGGAAGAGUUGGAAAGAGAAGAAGGGUUAAGGCAGGCAGAAGCUGAAGAUGAUGAUUUUGAGUAUGAUGGAACUGAAUUGACACCGGAACAACAGGAGGCUUUAACCGAGAUUAGGAGGAAGAAAAACUUGCUGAUCCAACAACAUCGGAUUAAAAAGAGCACUGCUGAGAGCCGACCAAUUGUCGCAAGGAAAUUUGACAAGGACAACCAGUUCACAACGGAAAGAAUGGGAAGGCAACUGUCAUCUCUCGGGCUUGAUCCUUCUCUGGCUGUUAACAGAAUGCGCAGCAGAUCUGUCUCCAGGAAAGGCCGCAAAAGGGAGAGAUCAUCCGAUGGCAGAAAUGAUGAAAUGGAUAUUGACGGUGACACACCUAGCAAGAAGCAGCGUCUAAGUAGAUCACUGUCACGUUCCAGGUCGGUGUCCCGUCCGCCUCAUGAAGUUGUGCCUGGAGAAGGUCUCAGGGAUUCUACUCAAAAGAUUAAGGCAAUUAAAAUUGCUAGGAAAUCUGUCAAGAAGAGAAACAAGAAUGCUAAGCGCGGAGAAGCUGAUAGAGUCAUACCUACUCUUAAGCCGAAGCACUUGUAUUCUGGAAAGAGCUCCAGUGGAACGAGGCACAGUCGCUAA